AUGCCAUACACUGCGCCGUUGAAGUCGUCGCCUUCUGCGCAGCACAUUGAACACUCUCAACCCAUCUCUCACUCUUGUCCCAGCUCACCGCCCACCGUCGCUUCUAAAGCUGGGCGUCCGCACCUCCCACGUUCCUACUCAUCUACCGCUUAUGUUCGCAGGCACAGAAGGAGCCCGUCGACCAGCAAGGGCUUUGUCUUCCCAGCUGAUGACAAUCGUCCUCUCAAGGCUAACCAUGUUGUCGACACUCUGGCUAGUGUCCGGCAAUCCCCGCCUCCGAUAAGCGAUGCCAUGAUUCCUCCAGGGGCAGUGAUAUCUCCACCGGAGUCGGCUCUGAACUCAAGUGACGAAGAGUUGACGCAUCAUCACCGGGAUGCACUGAAGCUGGAGGAACUCGAGGCUGCCGUGAGGUCCAUCGAGCAGCGACGGACGCCUUCUCCGGAAAGGGAAGCAGCAGGAGAGAAGUCAUCGUCAAGUACGACACCGCGGGAGUCUUCUCGUCCACCACUCACCAAGGAGGCUCGCAAAAUCUCACACUCUCGGUCGGUAACAGAAAGCUCUAUCUCCCAGAAGAAUGAAGAAGCUUUGACAAGCUCACCGGAAGAGAGUGAGAGGGACGAUGAGCCCCAGAGGAAGCAGCCUAUGGUGCGAAAGAAGUCAGGAGAACUUGUGAGACCCGCUCUUCGCCCUCCGUCGGCACGGCGGCGGCCAUCUAGCAUGCCGGGUACCCCCACCUAUGCCAAGGCGGUGCAUUUUGACUCUCAGCUCGAACACAUUCGUCAUUUCUUGCAGUUGGACAAGCCACAGGCGGUCAGUGCCAACACGUCUCCUGUGGAGACCUAUAACAACGAAGGGGAAUUUCCCUUUGAGGCGCCUUCCUUCGAAUGGGAGAUUCGACUUUCAAACUUCCCCAAGGACCUUUCGUCUCGAGCUCUUCAAAAGGUGCGACUUGAACGACUAUUUCUAUCAUCGGACAAGGAUACAUUGGUUGGCGUGGUGGCAGUUGCCAAUCUGGCCUUUCACAAGCACGUUGCGGCUCGCUUCACCUUCGACUACUGGAAGACAGUCUCUGAAGUUACCGCGGAAUACAGUGACGAUGUCCGUCGGAAGCAAGCUCAUGAUGGCUAUGACCGGUUUACCUUCAGCAUCAAGCUCACUGACCAUGCAAACUUGGAACAGAAAACCAUGUUUGUCUGCGUCCGCUAUAGCGUGGCUGGGCAGGAAUUCUGGGACAACAACAACUCUAUGAAUUACCAAGUCAACUUCGUUCGUAUCCCUCGACCACGACCUGAGCCGCGGAGCCCGUCCGCCGCAGGCUCGCGCCCAGCUCUUCCUCGCAGCAAGAGCUUUGCCGGCGUCAAUAGCCGUCCUUCUUCGAUGCCUUCCUCGCUCGAUGAUUUUGAUGAGGAUAUAGACGAUUAUUUAUCCUUUGGUCGUCCCAAGAAGACAUUGAAAGAGGAAUCUUCAUCCGAGGAUCUCUUGAAGGAGGUUCACAGAUUGUCUGCUGCCCGCGAGAAGCAAGCGCGACAAGCAUUCGGCAAUCGCUAUGAUUUUGGGGCCUCUUUGUCCGCCGUCAUGCGGACCAAGCCAACUCAUGAUCGCACGACUCUGACCGCUCGAGCAAAGUCCGACACUACCAAGUCUGACCCUGGGAACGGCGACCCUGCCCUGACGGAAGGUCUACGUAUCAAGAAGGCGUCUGCAGUCAGCUCGCUCAGCUCGCAAGUUGCACAGUCGGAACACGUCAAACCCUCGUCUCUCUUGUCCAGCAAACCCCACCAUGAUUCAUCCGUUUACAAAGAACUCGUCGACAAGUUCUGUUUCUAUGGAUCCUCGAAGGGCUCUAGUGGCACCAACGACUCGCUUAACAACGGGCGUUCGCAUCCUGAUUCUUCGAGCACAUCCAGCACCUCCCCCACACAAUCCUUGUCGCCUCCUCUCUCACCGCGUGCGACUGAGAUCUUGGGCAUCGACUAUGGGAAUAGCCGCUCGUCGUCUACUAGCCCCGUCAGCUCAAGCCCCCGUGCAGCUUCAUCGCCAACCCGUUUCGACUAUGCUCAUCACCCUCACAUGCAGAGCAGCUUCUUGAACGAGACUCAGACCCCGGCAGUCAUCAGAGGGUGA